AUGGAGCAAACGUUUAUGACCAUUCAUUCGACGGACCCUGAUGCUGUCAUUCUUUUCGUAUCCGACUCUGUUUACGAUAUUCUGGGCUACAACCCUCAAGAAGUACAGGUCCACAAUCGCGGGGUCCUGCUGGACAAGGCCGCCGUGCUUCACUAUGUUCGUAUUCAGGCACGCGACGGUCAGUGGGUGAGCUGGCGAGCUAUCGAGGCCCCGCAGAUCCGCCGAAUUUUUUCAUGUUCACCUCGCGAUCCCCGCUAUCACAUGCUCGAACAUCUAUCACCCAAGUUCAGAAUGUCCCCAGCUGAACGCGAACCUCGCGCGGCUCUCAUUCUGAAUCGGUUUACCCGAACGUUGACCGUCAUGUUUGCAACCAACGCAGUAGCUUCCAUCCUCGGCGUUCGACCGGACCAAAUUAAGGAUAAGAGUUUUUACGAGUGUAUCCAGGAGAACUGCCUUCCGGAUGCUAUUCGGUGCCUGGAGAGUGCGAAAGCGAAUGACUCGAUUGCCUACUUGAGAUUCUGGUAUAGAGACCCACGUCGACCGGAGGAUUUUGACGAUGAAGACGAUGAAGAGGAACACCGCAGCGAAAACUCCAGUGACUCAGAAGGGGGAGGUGUGCAGCUUGAUGGCCGUAUGGAUGUCGAUGAGGAACAACCCGCAAGCCCGCAAAUCAAGAAAGAGGACACUGGCCGGCCUAACAUGUCAACCCACAGCUCUACAUCUCAGACUGCUACUACAGUAACUUCUGGUUCGAGCAGCCGAACGCAGCAGACGUCUGCUACUACCGCUCCGUCUCUUGAUGGACCGGCAAACCAAGGGUCUUCGCCUGCUGUACCGUUAAGGAAUCGCCGUCGUGAGCCAAUUCAAACCUUUGAGUUGGAGGCGGUUGUCUCAUGCACAUCUGAUGGGCUUGUUGUCGUGAUCCGAAAGGCUCGCCCCCCCAUCCCAGCCCCUCAUCCGCCGCUCCUGACGCCUACAUACACCAACGGUCUAUUCGCAGCACCGUGGGGCCAUCAUCCAAUCCGGCCUCAUGUGCCCCAGGAGAUGUUGUACAACUUCAGGGCUCCUCUGAUGCCACAGUAUAUGCCUCUUCAUGAUAACGUCAUGGCUGCUGGCGGCCCGCCAGUUGACCAUCUGAUGAGCUCUAUUCGAGAUGUUGCUGUGUUUGCUUGGGCACUUGUCGGUAUCAACGGUAAUUUAGCUACAUAUACACAUGGCUUGCCGCGUGGCGAGGCCCAGCCCGAUGGGCUGCCAGUCUGGGAUCCUAGUGCCGGCAACGUAUCCUAUCUCGGACCAGAAAAUCAGGCGGUUCGUCGCUGGGCCCAAUACGAUGAAAAGGAAAAGGCUGGACGAGACGACUACGCCAACCCUCCCUUGGCCGACGACGACCUUAUUGAUCCUGAUGAUGCUGAUCUAGAUGACUUCGAUGACCCUCUCGGCCAUCAAUCCUCACGCCAACCACUUACAGGAAACAUUGGUUCCGGCUCUUCCUCAUCCCGGCCUCUUAACGAGAAUGCCUGGACCUCGCGGAUACCCGGCGAAGACCGCCGUGCACCGCAGAACACUAUUGACGAAUCUGUAUGGGACACCCUUCGUCGAGACCUCCUCGCCGUAUGGGCGAAGAUGAGAGAGGUUCUCUACCCCAAGUACCUGCUCGGAGGUACCAUGUUCGAUGCCGACGGCCUCCGAGGUGCGUACGCAAAUAUUCGCGGAGCUGGUUUUGCCGGUGCCCGCGAAGAGAUUACAGGGUUGGCAAGUCGGUUCAUGGAUUCGGAGGCUCUUCUAUCGCAGAACAACAUGACACCAGGCCUACGUGACUGGGAUCUUUGGGGCCCCCUCAUCUUCUGCCUUCUGCUCAGCCUUCUUUUGAGUUUUAAUGCACGAGCAGAUCAGAAAGAUGUCGUGUUCAGCGGUGUUUUUGCAAUGAUCUGGAUCGGAGAGGCAGUUGUGACAUUGCAGAUCAAGCUGUUGGGAGGAAGCAUUUCCUUUGCGCAAAGCGUCUGCAUUAUAGGCUACACGCUGUUUCCCCUGGUGAUUGCAGCAUUGCUCUCGGCGUUUGGUAUCCCCACAAUUGCCCGUGUCCCCGUUUAUCUCUUCCUGGUAGCAUGGUCCCUGGCUGCAGGAGUAAGCAUCCUCGGCGGCAGCGGUGUUGUCAAGAACAGAUCGGGCAGGGUCAAACAGAAGGCCUCCCCACCACCUGCACCACCAACACCGACAACGAACUGCUACACAACUCGAUCUUUGGACCUUGUCAUCAUGGCUGACGACUCUCGAAGCGGUAGCCCGAAGUCCGACCCUAUCGACACCAAGGAAGAUGCCGAAACUGCUGCUGCCCGCAAGGAACUCAAGCAUACAGCCAUUUCAGAGAAAUCAUCUACCGUUGACGCAAUUGGCGAGACGAUAAUGCAACCCUCCGCAAAUGACGACUACAAAGAGCAAGUUACAUCGCCAAAGAAGCAGCAGAAGCGAGCGCACGAUCAGCUAGAAGAUGGCAAGGAUGCCGAUGAGGCGGACAGUAAAAGCAUCGCCUCAAGUGAUUCCGCUAAGGACAGGGCUUCGCGACUGGAACCUGAAAAGAAGAGGCAUAGAGAUGAGGUAACUGUCACCGCUGGUCCUACAGAUGACUCUUCUACGCCAUCAAGUGUCACUGCCGACCUGAAGAAAACAGAUCCCGCUACAACCGAAACGACAUCAGCAACGACAGAGGAGUAUGGAAAGGACGAGAAGACAGGAACAUCGGCUGCGGCUUUUGCUACCUCUGGUUUUGCUAAGCUGGCGACCUCGAGUGCCUCCCCUUUUGGCUCUCUGGGAAAUUCGACAAAGGGAAGCGUUUUUGGUGCAUCAACCUCCACAACAUCGCCAUUCGGCGCCUUGUCGCCGUCCAAGCCUGCUGCAGUGCCUGCCACAGCACCAACUUUGAGCUUCGGGGGCGCCAAUGCCGCCGCUUCACCAUUUGCAAGCGUUAAGCCCGCCGGCGCAAACGGGUUCGGUUCGACAUUCGGCAGUGCCUUCGGUAGCGCAUUGUCAGGCAAGCCCUUGACAAGCUUUGCCAAGGUGGGCGAAUCUUCUUUUAAGAGUGAGAAGCCUGCUAAGCCCUUUGGGGCUCCCGAAAGUGACGCGGAAGAUGGGAGUGACGACGAGGCCGAGGGCGGCGACGAGUCUGCCUCAGAGCCUGGCGACAAGGACGAAAAAGAGGAGUCUGACAAAGAAGAGUCAAAGACUGUGGAUGAUAAGAAGCGGACCAGGCUACAGAAGAUUACUGUCGAUGACGGAGAGGCUGGCGAGGCCACGACAACCCAAGUUAGAGCUAAGAUGUUCUAUUUGGAGAAGGAUGUCGGCUGGAAAGAGCGCGGAUCUGGCAUGCUGAAGAUCAACGUUCCUGAGGCUUGCGUCUCGUUCGACGAUGCUGGCGUCCCGAUACCCGGUUCCUUUGACGCAUCAGGCCUGGAAGAGGAGAAUGAUGACCCCGAGACUGGCGGCAGCAAAGGCCACAAAGUUGCUCGUCUCAUCAUGAGACAAGACCAAACACACAGAAUACUCUUAAAUACGGCCAUCCUCCCAGCCAUGAAAUUCCAGGAGAAGACUUCCCUUAAAUCUGUCGGGAUUAUGUUUACCGCAUUUGAGGGUGAAGAGGCUAAGCCUGUGAGCGUACACAUGAGGAUGAGUGCAGCCAGUGCCAAGUUGUUCUUGAAUGAGGUUGGGAUGAUUAAGCUCUUCACGUUCUGCUGCACUCGCAAACACCUGGCUACGACCUUUGAAACGAUAAGAACUGCAGUGGAAUCGCACAUCAAGAGAACAUUGACGAUUGAGGAUGUCGCCGCCAUUGCCGCCAUCCGACCUGAGGGCGUCAAUUUUGCCUACGUGGACGAAAUAAUGUUACAGACUGAGGUCAGAGGGGCGGAGCGCGACGUAACUUUUAAAGCCGGACGAGACUUCCACUCCCAGGCCCCUGCCCCGGAUGCUUCGGUCGGAGGUAUAUCUGGCCUCGAGAAACUUGACCACCACCCUGAUGAGUUUGUUGAAGGGGGCAAAGAGGUGUUGUAUUUCGAAUUCGUAGACGGAGAUCUGAAGCGGCAGGUCAAGGACAAGAAGACUGGCGAGAUUACCAAGCCAUCGAGGAAACUGAGGGAAGAAGCCUUGAGAAUACCAGUUUACAGCCAAAAGCAGAUGACACAGCUCAUCGAGAGGAGAAAUCAGAAGUUCAACAAUGCGGUCAACCUGUUUCUUAACCAAUGCCUCUCCGAUGGCUCGGAUCCCGAUAGAACACUGGCGAAAGCAGCCGAAGCCUACAUUCCUAUGCCAACUGUUCCGGAGACGCCACCUGAGAAAAGCCUAGGGUCUUUGCCCACGUCUAUACCCGCCGAACGAAAGAGUAUUCCUGACAUUGUUCAGGAGCUAAAAGACUGCUCUUGGUACACGGGACAGAUUGUUCCAGACGGCCACAGAGUAUUUGAGCCUCAGAAGCCCGUCUUUGGAGAACUGAACUUUCUUCUUAGCCAAGAUUUGGUGAAUGCAUUGUACAAUGCUAAAGGAAUUACCCAAUUUUUUGCGCACCAGGCAGAAGCUAUCAACGGUUUGCUGGAAGGCCAGCAUGUUGUUGUGGCCACCUCUACAAGCUCAGGAAAGUCCCUCAUCUACCAGCUUCCUGUGAUACAUGCUCUGGAAAAAGAUCGCAACACGCGUGCAAUGUACAUCUUUCCGACAAAAGCCUUAGCACAAGAUCAGAAGAGAAGUCUAAGAGAAAUGCUGAGCUAUAUGCCAGGGAUGGAGGAUGUGCUCGUGGAGGCCUUCGAUGGAGAUACCCCGAUGAACGAGCGUAACGCAAUUCGAGACGAGGCCAGGAUUAUCUUUACCAACCCAGACAUGCUUCAUAUCACGAUACUGCCGCAAGAGGAAAGGUGGAGAACGUUUCUCAAGAACCUUAAGUAUGUCGUUGUUGAUGAGCUGCACUACUACAACGGGCAAAUGGGAUCGCAUGUGGCCUUCAUUAUGAGAAGGCUGCGUCGAAUAUGUGCUGCUGUAGGCAACCGUCAUAUCAAGUUCAUCUCAUGUUCGGCAACCGUUGCGAACCCCAAACAGCAUUUCAAGACCAUCUUUGGCAUUGAAAAUGUUCGCCUAGUUGAUUUUGACGGCUCCCCUUCCGGUCGAAAGGAAUUUUUGUGCUGGAACACCCCUUAUCGAGACCCAGGUGAUCCAGCUAGUGGUCGUGGUGAUGCUAUGUUUGAGUGUGCCCGCCUCUUCUGUCAACUAAUGCUCAGGGGCGUCCGUAUCAUUGCCUUUUGCAGAGUCAGGGAGCAAUGUGAGAAGCUAGUGAGUGCUGUGCAACAAGAGCUGGAAUCUCUUGGACGACCGGAAUGUACCAACCGAGUCAUGGGCUACAGGGGAGGCUACACUGCUCAAGAUCGGCGGAGAAUCGAGUCAGAAAUGUUCGAGGGCAAACUACUUGGCAUCGUCGCCACCACUGCUCUAGAACUUGGUAUUGAUAUUGGAACGUUGGACUGUGUGCUUACUUGGGGAUUCCCAUACACCAUAGCAAAUCUACGUCAGCAAAGCGGUCGAGCUGGUCGAAGAAACAAAGAUUCACUAUCCAUCUUGGUGGGAGAUUGUUUCCCAACCGACCAGCACUACAUGCUGAAUCCCGAUGAGCUCUUCACGAAGCCCAACUGCGAGCUUCAGGUCGAUCUCGAGAACAUGCUUAUAAGAGAGGGCCAUGUUCAAUGUGCAGCCUACGAAAUGCCCAUAAGGCCUAUGGAAGACGCAGAAUAUUUUGGCCAAGAUCUUCCACGGAUCUGCGAAGAACGACUGCUCAGAGAUGCCUUGGGUUUCUAUCAUUGUCAUGAUCGGUUUCGCCCCGUACCUUCAAGGUUUGUUGCUAUUCGAGAUGCGGAGGAUGACCACUUUGCUAUCAUCGAUAUUACUCAUGGCAAAAAUGAGGUUUUAGAAGAACUCGAGGCCUCUAGAGCAACUUUCACCAUCUACGACGGUGCCAUUUUUCUGCACCAGGGGAACAAAUACCUCGUGAGGGAUUUCCAGCCUGACAAGAUGAUGGCACGGGUGGAGAAGGUCAAGGUUGAAUGGACAACUACGCAGCGAGAUUAUACUGACAUUGAUCCCAUUGAAACUGAAGCUAUUCGGCGGAUCUCUGGAUCUCUAUCCAAGGCAUUUUAUGGCACAAUUAAGAUCCAGCAGAAUGUAUAUGGAUUUUUCAAGGUUGACAAGAAGAAGCGUGUUCUCGACGCCAUACACGUCGAUAACCCACCGGUUAUUCGUUACGGCAAGGGAAUGUGGCUAGACAUACCGAAGAAGGCCCUUCAAAUACUCGCCGAUAGGAGACUCCAUGUUGCCGCAUCACUUCACGCGGCCGAACAUGCGAUCCUCAGCCUCAUGCCGAACUUUGUUAUCAGUAUGCCUGGCGAUGUGCGAACAGAAUGCAAAAUCGCGUUAAAGGAGUUUGCUAAGAAGGAGACGCAAAGGAAGAGACCGGGACGACUAACGUUCUACGAUGCAAAGGGAGGCGCCAGCGGAUCGGGAAUCAGCACCAAGGCAUUCGAACACAUCGAUCACCUUCUUCAGCAAGCCCUUAAACGGGUUGAGACUUGCUGUUGUGAGAAUGGUUGCAUAGAAUGCGUGGCAUCAGAGCAGUGCAAAGGGGCGAACGAGGUCAUGAGUAAGGCGGGCAGCCAGGUAGUCCUCAGGGCUCUCCUGAAUCAUGAGAUCGAUAUCGAAUCCCUACCCAUGGGGCCCGAAGAAUACAGCCCGGCAGGCAUAGAGACGGUCAUCGUAGCCCAGCCUGUGCCGGCUAGGGAUCGAAAUAGUCUCAGACUUGUUGAUGUCAAGGAGGAAGAGUUUGAGGACCAAGACUCUGUGUUGUUAGAAGAAGCGGAAGCGUGGACCGGCGAAGCAUAA